AAAACGGUUCGCGAACGCGCGUACGUACCGCCUGAUAAGACACAGCUCUGUCGGUUCGGCGGGAAAUUGGCAUUUAAAUAUGGAGUUGGUGUUGAUGUUGGUGGUCGCGCUAGUGGCAGCAGUGUGCGGGAACGAACCUCAAGGUGUCGGAGUAGACAAACAACUGUCUGACACUAAAACUGUCGCAGCAUUUGUGAUCUUUCGUCAUGGUGACCGCACCCCCGACCACGAGGAGCUAGCGUUGUAUCCGGCUGAUAACGCUCUAUCAGACAACAUUUUCUUCCCGUACGGGAAGAAAGCACUGACGAAUAAAGGUAAACAACGGAGCUUCUUCGUGGGCAAGUAUCUGAGGCAGAGAUACGAUGGUCUCAUAUCGAAGUUGUAUUUGCCUGAUGAAAUCACCAUCCGUACAACUGACUACGCAAGGACCAAGAUGACGGCUUUGACUGCCCUCGCUGCCCUAUACCCGCCACCACCAGCCCAGAGAUGGAACCCCGACCUGGACUGGCAACCCAUUCCAUACAACACACCACCUUAUGAAGAUGAUGAUCUUCUGUACUGGUAUAACUGCCCACGAUACCUCUGGUUGAGGGACAAAACCGCUGAACUGCCAGAGAUAAAAAAAUGGAUCGAACCCUACCAAUCUCUCUUCUCUUACUUAAGUAGUCACACAAAGACAAACAUUACUAAACCAGAAGAUGUUUUCUUCUUAGACAAUUUAUUCCAGACAUUGAAAAAUGUGGGAGUGAAUCCGCCCGAAUGGGCCCAACAAGAAAUGCCGAAAAUUAAAGACGUAACUAAAAUUGAAUAUGCUCUAGAAUUUUAUAAUGCAGAACUAGUCAGAUUAGCAUCAGGUGUAUUAAUGCAGUCUAUAGUAAAUAUAUCAAACUCAAUAAUAAACGACCCCGAUUUUGAGGCAAACAAGCUGUAUUUGUAUUCAGCACAUGAGAACAAUGUUGCUGGCUUGAUGGCAGCGGCCAGAGUCUUUGAAGCACAUCAGCCUAACUACGGUUCUACAUUUUCUUUGGAACUUAGAAAUAAUAUUAAGACUGGACAAUUUGGUAUGACGGCCGUGUACGCUCGCAACGCUGGUGGUCCGGCGGAGAUCCUACCAAUUGACGGCUGCGGUGGCGCACUAAUCUGCGAUUUCGACAAGUUCCUAAGCCUCGUCCAAGAUGUUAUAUGGUCAAAACCAGAGAUGGAUGAACAAUUUGCACAGAAAACGAGGAAAGAACAAUUGCUGGCAAUAGUAAACGUGGUCAAGAGUGUGGUGCAUUUGCACAGGAAAGAGGGCGGUCGCGAGGAGGAGCCGACCAACGCGGCGGAAGCGGCGCCGGCACAAGGCAUGCGCAUAGAACACACUUGCUGCUGCCUCGGCGUGUUGGUGGGCAUCUCGCUCAUCGCCGCCCUCGUAGCAGUGAUACUGAUGAAGGAUUCCACUGUUGAAGUGACAGAACUCCGUCAAGUACACGUGCUCAUGUCACACGGGGAGCGCACCCCGAGCGAGGGCGAGCUCGCGAUGCUGGGGGCCCCUCCACCUGACCACGUGUUUUCGCCCUACGGAGCCGGCGCUAUGACUAAUGAGGGCAAGAUGUUGACAUUUGAAAUGGGCGCAUUACUUAGGAAGAGAUAUGACGAGUUUUUGGGGCCUUACUAUGAGAGUGAGAAGAGUAUCGUGAUAUCUUCGGAUACAGAGCUGAGUAAGAUGACUGCUCUACUGAUCGCGGCGGGACUGUGGCCGCCGCCGGCGGAACAGGUGUGGAAUGACACGCUGCCAUGGCAACCCGUGCCUUACACGUAUCCACCACGACGUCAAGACUUUCUGCUGUACGAAGAGAACUGUCCUCGUUACAAACAAGAGAAGGAGAGGAUACUUAAAGCGUUCACAGAAGAAGGGCUGUUGCUGCCGUACCGCGACUUCUUUCACAAGAUCGCGCAGAUGACCAACACUAACUUCAGCACGCCGCAAGAGGCUUACUAUUUAAAUAAUUUAUUCCUUAUACAGGACGAUAUAAAAGUAGCGAAUCCGAAAUGGGCGAAACAUGUGAAGAGAAAACUGAUGGAUGUGGCUCGGUUAGAGUACUCGAUGAUGUUCCAUAAUAACUUGCUAAGAAAACUUAGCGGCGGAGCAUUGCUUCAACAAAUAAUAAAGGAAGCCAGCAGUAUCACUGCAGGCGACUCCCAAGUACGUCUGGUCGUGCGCACAGGCACCCCUGUGUCUGUGGCAGCCCUGUUAGGCGCUUGUGUGGCUCCACCGCCACGUCUACCAGACCCGGGGGCAGCCCUACUGUUUGAAUUACACGAACGACGACCUUCCCCACAGUCUAAUAAGGAACAGAAGACUCUGGCUGAAGGACAGCGGUUUGGAUUUAAGAUAUACUACUGGGACGACGAUUCAGCCGAACCUCGCCUCAUGGAAGUUCCAGGGUGCAGUGCGUUCUGCCCACUCGAGACUUUCAAGGAACUAACCAAAUACAUAGUGACACACAAUUAUAACAAAGACUGCAGGCUCGUUCCUAACACAUAGUUAUAUAGUGCGUGACAAAUCGACGGAUAGGCUGUGGUAUUUAAAAUUGGACUUUACGACAAUGAUUAUAAAAUAUAUUAUUG